AUGGCUCAGAUUGCUAUUUUAGAGAUACUGGAUACCCAACCAAUUCAGAAGUUGUUACAAAUAAGCAUAGAAGCGCUAAACUUUUCGCGUAUUGCUACGAUGCCAAUUUUUGUGUUGCCGCGCGUUCACUCCGCGCAGGACCAAAUCCUGAAUGCAGCGGUUGCGCUGCGGUUCUUGGCACGAGUUACUGAUGACGUCAUUGUUCAUUUCGUCGCCUGCGGCCAUCUGAACUUGCGUCAUGACCGUCAGUCGUUCACUUUGUAUGCAGAACUAAUGGCAAGUAUUAUAAGGGAUACCAGUGAGUACUCUCGUCACGAACGUGAUGCUUAUCAGCGUAAUGGCAAGCGCAGUGCCGACAGUGACUCAAGCUCUUCAUCUGCUUCUAGCGAAUCGGAACAUGAACGAAAAAGAAUGAGGUUGCAGAAUGGAAGCUCAGACACAACUAUUUCUCCACCAUUCUCCGAUCCAAGUCAUGGCUUUCCGUCUGAAUCAGCAAAGCAAUUAUAUGAGCCCACAAUAAUUCCUCCCUACAGCGCUGGCGGAAUGCCAAUAAAUAUGCCACUCACCGUAUGUCCGCCUCCUCCUCCCCCACCUAAGAGCAUCAGGAUGAAUCGACCGCGUGGACCGCGAACACCACCGAUGCCUCCUUGCGAGGAAGACGUUCCACCACCUCCUGCGAUACCUCCACCGAUUGGUCCCAUUCCAGCAGCAGCAACCUAUCCACCGCAGGUUCCGGUUGUAGCCCCCGCUGCAUAUGCAGCACCUCCAGUUAUGUCCUAUCCAUUCUUUCCACCACCUAUGUUCUUUCCUGGAUGUCCGCCGAUUCCACCGAUGCCGCCAAUGAUGGCUCAAUGCUCAACUUUGGUGCAGCCAGCGAUGGCUCCACCAACGGCGCAAGUUAAACUCACAAUUUCGGACGUUCCUUCGCAGAGAUCACAUAAAAAAGAAGUUCCCAUGAACGAGGAGAGAAGGCUUGAGAUCGAAAGGAAAAUCGAGGAGCAGAUUCGUAAGGAACAGGAACGAAGGAGACAACUAGAGUUGAAGAAGGAGCGUGAAAAGAGUGAGCAGGAGCACAACCCCAAGCAGGGAACGGCACUAGCGUCCUCUGCUUCAAAUACAUCGGAUCUUGACGCUGUCACUAAUAUUGCAAUCCCUCAAUCUCCCACGCCAUCCUCCACUCCGACUACGAAUUCUAAACGUCCAAGAACUCCAAACGAACCUUUGCCAAGUAAUCGAUCAGAGCGGCCUACAUCUCGCUGGGAUAUUUCCCCUGCACAGUCCAAAUGCACUGAUGAAGCGGGUCCUGCUAAUCUGGAGAAAAGUGGUGCUGUGGCUGCAAAUUUUGGGGAGAAGUCUGGUAAUGCGAACGAUCAAGUGAAGGUUCUUCCGAAGGGCUUUCUUGCCUCGGACCCCAUACUUGUUGAUCUGUCGAACUCGCAUGUGAAAGCAGCUAAGAGUAGCCCAAGGAAACGUGUGGAGCGGACAAAGGAGAGUCUCAAAUCAGCGAAGGAGUCUGCUGUUGAUGAAGUGCAGUUUUCAACGUCUUUGAAGCGAGAGCCAUCUCCUUCAACUCCCGCUCCGAGCGAACUUGAGCGUCCAUGUGAACUUCCAGUAAAACUUGAAAUCGAGCAGACUACGCUAGAUCAGGAUGUUGAUCCAAUGUCAGUCCGAGAUACUAUAAAGGUGGAGCCAAAAACAGAGGAGUCGGAAGGUUGCUUGCAUGCCGCAAGGGAGAGUGUUGUCUUCGAAAAAGAUGUACCGAUGGAAGUUGACAGUGACUCGGAAAAUGGGGCAUCUGUUGCCUUCUCCGCUGUUUCAAACUCUGAAAAUAUCAGGAAUACACCCGUUAUGGAGAUUAACACCAAAGAAUCGAAUGCGCAUGAGGAGGAAGCGGGAUCUCAACUUUACCACGAAAAGGUUGAAGGAACUUCGACUGAUGACCUAUGCUCAGGGGUGGAGAUAGGAGGAGCGGCAACAAGGAGGGAAACGGUCAGAGAUGUUGGUAACAGCAGCAAAGAAGAAAUAAGCCAAUAUUCGGAUACUGUUAAUUCCGAAGUGCCUCGAAUGGAAAAUGUUAUCGUCUUUGAAAGUUGGGAAAGAAAGGAAAAAACGGUAGAAACCGAAAUGGAUGUUAGGAAUAGUAGCGCUUUGCCUUUGAAAAAUCUGCAGCGAAGCAGUAGCACAACAGCAACAACACCUAGCGGAGUUGCUGGUGAACAACAUAGCGGUAAAGAAGAGAGCAAUCAAGAACGCACAAAGCCACAACCCGUAUCGUCAUCUUCCGUCAAGUUGACGCCAUCGAAGGAGUCUCGAGCGCAGGCACAUACCAGAACGCCAAAGAAGGAAUCGGCUUCCGAACGUCCCUCUACUUCAUCUAGCCCUAUUAGCUCAGCAAUAAAACGGCCAAAAUUGAAGAAUGAGACACCAGAGAAGCAGCAUUCGAAAACGCUUUCUCCACAACGGGAUUCAAGCAUGGCUAGUACUUCUCGAAACGUGGAAGGAACAAAAAAGCAUCAUCACAAAAUUAAGGAUGAGAAGACGGUCACUGGAAAAACCGAGGACAGUCAAUUGCAUUCUAUACAGCCUAGCACAUCUGCGCUGCAUGUGAAUGGCAAUAGCUCGGCUGUCCAAAACAGCAACGCAGAAAGUAGAGUUACUGAGAGCGGUGUGAAGUGCAAGGUGGAGAAUGGACACUCGCAUUCUGAGAGCAAAGAGUCGAAGCACGACAGGAAGGACAAGUUGCCCAGAAUCUCAAACAAGUUUCGAAAGUUUGUCGUCGUUGAUACACAUCCGAAUGGUGGAGCCUCCAUUUUGCGCACAGACUGGAAUAAUAUUCGCAAACAUUUUGAUGCAGAGGAAAGGAUAGAGUUCGCUAAGCAGUUCAUACGGUUAGGACUAGCGGAGUCUAAUGGAGUGCCUGUUUUUGUGAUUGGCAUUCUUGAAAAUGCAGCGUCUUAUCUGGCGGACGUAUUCCAAUACAUGCACGAAAAACAUCCACACUUACCGGUUAAGGUUGGCUCCUUGACCAAUAAGCAGCUCGUAGAAACGAUGCCAUUCAACGUUUACUACAAGCAAGUUAUGGAAACGUGUCAUCAUGGAACUUUCCGGGCGGGUCCCAUGCAUUCGUUGUCGAUGGUAGGCGCGAAGCAAGAAGAAUGUGGAGACUAUUUUGCUGAUCUUUUGGCAGAAUUGGAAAAAUCUCCGAUACUUCAUCCGAUCAUGCCCUGGGGAGAAUGGUCAGCUCUGCAGCUCGAUACCAUCACAGAAUGUGAUGAUGGACCAAUUUUUUGGGUUCGCCCAGGGGAACAGUUAAUACGAACUGAUGAUGUAAAGGACGAACGCGAGAGCAAGAGAAAGAAGUCUACACCUACAGGACGUGGACAUUCACAUGCAAUCAGGCAUUAUGAGCGACGAGAGCUUUUGUUUGAAGACCGGACUCCAUGUCAUGCUGACCAUGUGGGUGACGGUUUAGAAAGAAAGACGACUGCUGCUGUGGGGAUCUUGCAAUCGAUUCGUAACACCAAUGAGAAACCAUCACGUAAAGCUGUGAAAGAUGUUGUUUGCUUCCAUGCUGCAGAUUUUGAACGUAUCGUAGAGACCCUGCAACUUGAUCUCUACGAACCACCCAUGUCCCAGUGUGUUCAAUGGGUUGAAGAGGCAAAGUUGAAUCAACUUCGUCGCGAAGGUGUUAGAUAUUCCAAAUUUCAUUUGCACCAUAACGAUAUCUACUUCCUGCCACGGAAGAUCGUCCACCAGUUUCGUACAAUAUCCGCCUGCUCAUCGAUUGCAUGGCAUGUUCGAUUACAGCAGUACUAUAUGGAAGAAGAAGCGCCUGAGUAAAGUGCUACAGAAAGCGAGGUUUUGUUAUCUACCUCAGCAUUUGUUUUUCUAAUCCCAGUUUAUCAGGUUUUUUGACACUUGGUACUGUCGAAUCGAUUAGUUUCUUUUCAUGAGAUUUCUAUGUCUUGUUUAAUUUUUGUAUGGUUGAAGAUUGUAUUCCCUAUGAGAUCUCUAGUUGUCGUAACUCUGUGAGUCUUGGUUAUCGUUGAGAAAUCGAAGUUCAGACUGCUACUUUCCAGACAUAUGGACAAGGAAUUUUAAAUGAAUCAAAUUCGUUUUGUUUCUAAGAGUCAAUCUCAUUUCUUUACACUCGCAUUCUCAAAUCAUCCAAAGCGUUUUCUUAAGUAUGCAGUAUAAUUCGACUUUUUCUCUCCUGUAAAGUAGGCGAUGUUCGCAUCCUCUUCAUCUUGAAUGAUUACAAUUGUAUGGCUUAUCGAGCCGUCUUCGAUAAUCUCUCUGAUCAGGAACAUUCAUUCGAGUUUCGAGCCGGUUAUAUGUUGAUGCCUAUCUCGUGUACUUUCCAAUACCAUAAUUUCUCAUUUUUCAUAAAACCAAACAGAUUGCACGGAACAGCUUUAUAUCUCGAUCCAGUAAUUGUUAACUUCUGCGUGUCGCGCACGUGAUGCCAUUUCAAUCUUUGCAGUGAGCGAUCUCGCAUGCUGUAUCUGUCUGUGAGAUUCAUUUCCGACUAGUCUAGAAUUUCCUCAAACUGUUAUUUAUUGUAUAGAUGUUCAUAGAAGCAAAAUACAAGGCACCUUUUGAGUAUAAGUUGAACGC